UGCAGGGACAGAGCCGCGAGCGGGCGCGGGCGGCGGGGUCCAUCUCACUUCCACUGCAUUUCCCCAGGACAGGGUUGUUGAGUCCUGCCUUUGACUGUGGGGUCCUUUCUUUCCCUCUGUCGCCAGCUUCCUCCAGCUCUCCCACGUCCUCUCCGAGUCCCAACCCCGUUUCUGUUCCCUUUCUUCUUUCCCACUUUUCCCCCUCUAUCUCCUCUUUAUUGUCUUCCUGUUUUCAUUUCCUUCUCUCUCUCUUCCCCCCCCCCGCCUUUCUCUCUCUUUCUUUAUUCUUCUCCCCCACCUUCUCCCUCUUCCCGUUGGUUUUUCAGCACUCAACAAUUCUGCCUAUGAUUUUUUUUUCUCCUAUGGUGACUUUCAGGCUGCAGUUCUUUUCACCCCUCCCUCUGUCCCUCCCUGGGUUUAUCCUGUAUUGCUCUUUUAUUCUCAGCCCAGGCUUGGGCUGGGCAGUAGGGUAAGAACCAUGCAUUGGCCCCAGAUCCUUUCUCCAACAGAUUAUAUCCAAAGAUCUGGGCAUGUAACCUGUUCACUGCCUUUCCUGGGGCGGGGGAAUACCAAUGAUCUCAUUAUAAUGAGUUUUUAGAAUAAGCUGAAAGAACAUACCUGGUUUUUUAGAGACAAGGGGUUGAUUGAAUCCUUUCCUUGACAUUUUGCCUUUACUAGUAGAGGCAGACAGCACAGCAGGAAGCUAAGCCUUGCAGAAGCAUUUAGGGGCGUUCCCACCCACACCUGCCUCCUGGGCAGGGUGUGCAAUGCCAGGUGCUGGGGAGGAAAGGGACAGAAUUCAGAACAGCGUUGUGGGAAGACAGUGGGAGGCCAGGACUUUGCACUUGAAACAUUUGAGAAAGCUUGGAAAUAAGAAAUUAACAGUAAAUCUCUAAAAUAUGUAGUUGCCAAUGCCACUGAUGUGCAGAAAUGAAGUUACUUAAUUACUCCUGAGGAAGACAUUAGACAUUUUAUGGCAGUAAUUAUGGCAUUUGAAAUUAAUGAUUUUAUGUACAUUAGGUAGGAGGGCCAAGGGGAAGGUAUUUCAUGUUAGUGUCAAAGAUUGUCGUAGAUGCAAAAGUGAUGAACUCUAGAAAAUCAAGCCUCAUUCAUUUUUGAGGGAAAACAUAGAACUAUAGAGAGACAAUUUUUCAUUUCUUGAUUAAAAUGUAAACUUGUCAGAGAGAUGUGAUUUAAUUUAAAUGAUAUUUUAUAACAUAUAUAUGUGCAAAUACACACAAAUACAUAAUUAUAUAUACACUAAGUUAUAAAAGAGCCAUUUGUUUCUAAAGAUCUGAAUAUCAACUAAAGCAUGAAGCUUUCGCUUCUUGGGAAUAAUUUAACCUGAUACUGUAGCUUAUUAUGACCUUCAAUGAAAAUUCAACUAAUUUAACUUUUGAUUGAUACAGAAAUGGAAAUCCCAUCAUAGAUAAAUCACAAAGAAUUAAACAGAAAUUAAAUUUGAUGAAGGAACACAUUGCAGUGUGUUCAGUGAAAAAACUUGCAUAUGCUAGAUUCAAAGAAUUUUGGACAAAUUCAUAGGUAUGUGCAUGAAACUGUGAUUUGUGAGGCUUUUUUUUUUUUUUCUAGCUUAAAAAGUUAAAUUGUCUGCUGGGCAUGGUGGUUCGUGCGUGUAAUCCCAGCACUUUGGAUCAUGAGGUCAGGAGUUUGAGACCAGUCUGGCCAACAUAAUGAAACCCCAUUUUUACUAAAAAUAUAAAACAAAACAAAAAUUAGCCAGGUGUGGUGUUGUGUGCCUGUAAUCCCAGAUAGUUGGGAGGCUGAGGCAGGAGAAUCACAUGAACCUGGGAGGCAGAGGUUGCAGUGAGCUGAGAUCCCACCAUUGUACUCCAGUCUAGGCUACAGUGUGAGAAUCCAUCUCAAAAAGAAAAAAGUUAAAUUGUCUUUUAUAUCCCUGAUCCCCAGUGUAUGAGGAUUCUGGGGGGAGGGAUAAUAGGCUUUCCAAAUGAUUUAGAAUCAUCACAUCUGCUUUGCAUGUCAGAUUUCUUUUCAGACAUCCAGGAGGUGGCAACUUUUGUUUGAAACAGAUAAUCACACCAAUUAUUUAAAAAAUAAGACAAGUUUCAAUACUUUUAAAUUUAUUUUUAUGCAUUAGUGGUCUGUGUCUCUGUAAGAACGUCACUAUGUUUUUCUCCUUAGAAGAUGCUAUUGCUGGAAUCUGGGAAGGUCGGAUGGAGUAGCCUAAGUAAAAUCACGGACUUUUUUCCUGAAGGCUGCCAGUGAAAUUGGGACCACCCUCUCAGGCUCCACCUUCAUUCUCUAGUUGUGUUAGGAAGAGAGCUGCCGUUCCAUGUGCUCUUGCUACCUGGCAUGCACAGAGCCCUGCUGAGUACUGUUCAUGAGCCCCUGAAGUGAAGAUCACUGUUCUUGUUUUACUUAUGAAGAGUCGGAGGUCCAGAGUGCUUGUCCCAGUCAGGCAGGUAGAGAGUGACAGGGCUGACUGGAACACAAGUUGUGUCCUGGAGCCUGAGUGACCAGGGCUAAUUCAGUCCCGUUAUGUGACUUCCAUGUUGCUGCAGCCUCAGUACAUAUAAUAUCUAAAAUAUCACUCCACAUGGCAACAGCCAUUGCCUAUUGGUAUUGUUUGGCAGAACGCAGCUCCCUGUUCUAUGUCCUGGUCAUCUUCAGCAUGUCCAUGGCAGACUCUCAAUCCACAUAGCAGGGCCUCCUUGAAGCAGUGAAUGUGCCCUCUGCACAGUCUCAGGCAUCUGAGUGGGUGAUGGAAUCACAUCCACUCCAUGAGGGUUCACAUGGCCAAGUUAUGUUGUCCUAGGGCCACCCUCCCUGCUGCCAUGGGAGUGGCCGUGUCCUCAGUCUCCUGCACUUGGCUUUGCUGGAAUGCAGCAGAUGUUGCUGCUAGAGGACUCCAGGCAUAACCGGCCACAGAGCCUGUAAGGGCUGGCCAGGAAGUGCUCAUCACCCCAGCACCACCAGCCAGCCUCUGGGAAAGCCUGGAUCACCUUCAGUGUUGAAUUUCCUCAGUGUGCCGGAGCCAGGAGGAUGCCUGGAGACAGAGAGCACCAGUGUGACCCUCUUUACAGAUCAGAAAACGGAGGCAUGGAGAGGAUCCAUACCUUGCCCAACAUCACAGGUUGGAUAGAGCAGAGCUGGAUUGGAGUCCAGGCCUCUGACUCUGGAGCCUAUGCACUUAACGUCUGUUUUGGAUGGAAGGCUUGAAGGUUACAUGAGACAACCUGGUUAAGGUAUAGACAGACAGGUAAUGCGGGAGAAUGUGGCCAGUGGUUCCAAAAUGAGGGAAUGAUCGGUAUACAGUCAGGGCUCAGGGGAUGGGUAAAAAACGGAGAACCACAAGCUCUUAACACCAUGGGGUUGUGAGGCUUCAUCUCCCAGGAUGCAACACCUACUGAGUUGGGUAAUAGCGGACCCUGAUUGCUGGCCCAAGUGGGUUGGGAGCCUUGGGGAGAUAUGCCCUGUGUUGGUGGGGAGGGCCAGCAUAGUAAGAUUCCUUGUAGACUUGGGGAGCUUGGUUUCAGUAAGUUUCGAAGAUCAUCACUCCAUUCCCCAUGAUGUGAGAGCUCUGAAAGCGGUGGGGGAGUCCUGAAAUUAAAUCUGUUUUUUUCGAGUAGGAAGGACAUGGGGUGGCAAUGAGAGACAUCUGUGUGGCUCAGAAAGAUGUCUUGCUGAGGUCAGAGGGAUGAGGGCCAAGGAGGACAAGAGGAGCCCUCCCCAGGACACUCACAAUGACAGAGUGACGAGGACCACUAAAGAGUGUCAGGGGGCGAGAGCCCGGGCAUGCACUGAGUCUACUGAGGAGAGCUGACGACCACAAAGCAUCUUUUCAUAUCAUGUUCGGAGCAAGAAGAACAAGGGCUGUGUAGAUCCAUCGCCGUCUAGGGCAGCUGGUGCCUGUGAAGGGGAGGAAGGCGCAGCUCCGCUGUGCCCACAGCGGUCUGGACGGAGGAGGAUCUGCAGGGCCCCGUAGCCGUGUGUCCAGUGUCACAGGGAGUUCUCCCAUCUCAUGGUUCCUUGUUGGACCAAGCCCUCCAGAACCCAAAACUCCUGAAGACUGAUGGCUGUCAGAGCAGCUACCUUGCUCGUCCCGUGGCCCUGGCCCUGCUGAUCACUAUGGCAGGGAAGGGGGCCCCAUUGAGCCCAUUGGCUGAAAACAGGUGGCAAUUUAGUGACCCUGAGUUGGGCCGGGGCCACAAGCCAGUGCUGCUGGAGAAGACGAACCGCCUGGGCCCUGAGGCUGCUGUGAGCAGGGCGGGCCGGGAUGUGGGCAGUGCAGAGCCGGCACUGUUAGCAGUCCCAGGCAGGCCCCGAUCCGGCCAGCCGCUGUCCCCGAAGGCACUUGGGGAGCAGAGGCAGAGCGCCUUCACAGAGCUGCCAAGGAUGAAGGACCAGUGCGGGGAUGCUCAGGCCCAGGAGAGGGAUCAUGAUGACCCUGCAGGCCAGCCUGGCGCUCUGCACCUGGCCCAGGCUAUCCCCAGAGACCCAGCUGGCAGCACAGUCUUCUCUGUGUGGCCCAGCAGAGCACGAGGUGAGCAGAGAAGUGCCUUCAGCAAACCAACCAAGAGACCAGCAGAGAGGCCGGCACCAACCCCAGUCUUCCCUGCAGGGGAGUCUGCAGGCACCCUGGGGGAGCUGUCUGGACUCUUCAACACCACAGACCUCCCUUGUUGGGGUCGACUUUCAACUCCCAAGCUUUUGGUUGGUGAUUUCUGGAACUUGCAAGCAUUGCCACAGAAUGCUCCACUCUACAGCGCUUUCCUGGGUGACCCCACACUGUGGCUCAAGCACACCCGGGCCCAGGUGCCCCCACCUUCAUCAUCCUCCACCAUUUCGUGGGCCCUCCUGCCACCCACCCUCACUUCCCUGGGCUUGUCCACCCAGAACUGGUGUGCAAAGUGCAACUUGUCCUUCCGCCUGACGUCCGAUCUGGUCUUCCACAUGCGGUCCCACCACAAAAAGGAGCAUGCGGGGCCUGACCCACAUUCUCAGAAGAGGAGAGAAGAGGCCCUUGCCUGCCCUGUGUGCCAGGAGCACUUCCGGGAGCGCCACCACCUCUCCCGGCACAUGACUUCUCACAGCUAGCAGGUGUCCGUGGAGUGACCUGCUGCAUGCAUCAGUCAGCCUUUGUCAGAGGGGGGCUCCCUGGGCUUGCCUUCAGGGGGCUGUCACGGUCUUCUGCGGAGUUGCUGCCUUUGGCAUCCAUAGAUGGACAGUUCAGGCAUAAUUUGAAAAUUUAUGCACCUGAGUGAUGUAUUUUGAAGGAAAUGAAUAAAGCGAUGGGCUUUGCAAAUCCAGGGUUGAGGCCCUAACAGGCAGGGGGUGGGGGCAGCUCUGGUGCACAUGGUGGGCUUCGGAGGCACAAAAGCCUGGAUUCGAAUCUGGGCUCUUUUACAUACUAGCUGUGACCUUGGACAAAGACCUGCUGAGCCCCCAUUUUCUCAUCUGUGAAAUGGAGAUGAUAGCACUGUGUCUUAGGUUGGCAUCUGGGUCACAUGACCGGUGUGUGCAAAGUGGCCGGCAUUCUGCCUGCAGACCCUGAGUGCUGAGUCAGCAAGGUCUGUGAUGGUGUCUAUACUAGUCAGCUAUUGUUAUCAACAAGACCUCCAUGGCAGACAAGCUAAAGUCAUGGGUCUGUGGGUUGGCUCAGGUUAAGCUGAGCUUGGCUGGGCUUGGCAGCAGGUCUCACAUUUGAUCAUGUCAUGUCCUUUUGCUUCUUUGGCUGAAGGGCUACCCAGAGCAAGCAUGCAUCUCUUGCAGUUAUGCCAGGAACGUAAGAGGGUGAGUCUAACAAGCAUACCUCAAGCCUCUGCUUGGGUCACAUUGCCAGCGUCCUCUCAGCCCAUGCAAGUGGCAGGGUCAGGCCCGAAACUGAGGAGUGGAAAAGUGCAGGCUGCCCUUGGUGAAGCUGUGGCAAGGGAGUGAGCAUCCAUUCCCUCCACAGGAGGGUAAGGAACUGGGACUGGUAAUUCCAUCCACCACCUGGUCUAUAGUUCUUCACAUUGUAAAUAUAUGAAUGGGGGAAAUAGAACCCCCUCCCCACCACCUACACACAUGUGCUUUUACCUUCCAAGAGUAGGGCAUGUGCAAAAACUCAGCUUCCAGAUCGUGAGGCUGGGGAGCAUUCCAGGUACCAUGUAUUAUCUACUGUGUUUCAGUCAGUAGCUGCUGUAGGUACCCACAUCGGCCUUGUGCCUAAGGAUGUGUGGGGCCCAGGCCAUACUCUUUGACAUUGCACAGGUCAGUCUGAUGAAAGCCCUUUGUGGGGAGUUUCUGAGCCAGUGUCGUUUUUGCACUGGUUUCUACCUCACCGUCAGGUUUUGGUCUUUUGAUGUGUGGUGUCCAGCACUCCAAUGGGGCGCCCAGUGCAGAGCUCAGGCUUGUGGCUGGGAAGAAGGCAGAGUGAGAGAUGGGGAUCUCAGCCAGCCUCCCAGACUGCUCCUCUUCUCUCGCUCUCCUCUGUCCACCCUUCCAGGCAGCAGCACUCCCUCCUGGCUGCCCUGGUGUCCUUGCUCCCUCCACUCCUGCCUCUCACCACGUACCCAUCCAUUGUCCACACUCACACAACCAGAUCAUCUUCUGAAAGUGUAAGUAAGAUGAUGACUCCAAUCCCGUGGCUGUCCUUCACACUUACAGUCCUAACCCCGGCAGGACCUGCCAGCUGCUUUAUGAACAAGUCCCUGCUUGAUGUUAAUUGCAAGCACUCAUUUCACUCUCCCUGUGUACCAGGCAAUAGCAUAAGCACUGGAAGAAUACAGAUGUUAUAGCGAGUCCUACAAUAGCCCCGGGAGGCAAGAGCUGUUUCCUUUCCAUUUCGACAAUGAGUCAAUUACAGAUAAUGCUGUAGCACUUCCAGCGUUUCUGAUACUCCCCUCUAUACCUACUACCUUCACGGGCUGAGCUUGGCCUUAGGAUGCCCAUAGGUGGCAGUGGGCAGAGGGGACUCCGCUAUACCACCUCGCUGCUGUUCUGCUGUCUGCUCCCGUGUUCUGACCGCAGCUCUUGUGCCAUUUCUCAAGCCUGGGCUUCAUUCAGCAUUUGCUGUCCAGCUCUUGUUGGUGCUGCUCCUGCUGUGGUUCCACGGGGCUUCUUCUCUCAGGUCAGCUCCUUAGAGAGGCCUCCCAGAUUCCCCGCAAAGCAGCCCUGCAACCUCUUUCUCUCAGCAGCGUGUCCCUGUGGCUUCCUUCACAGCACAUCUCACCAUCUGCAAACAUCUUUACGUUUGUCGUUUUGUUGAUUUACUGCAUCCACACUGUCAGCUCCUUGGGAGUAGAGACUGGUUUGUUUACUGUGCAUCCCCAGUACCCAGAACAGGGCAUUGCAUAUUGUCAGUGCAUAAUAAAUAUUGUGGAAAUAA